UUAGUAUGAAGAGAUUGCUCAAAACAGUCACAUCGUGAUUCGAUCGGUUCAAAUAAAUUUAAUACUCGCGAUUCAAAAUAGUACUAGUUUGCAUACUGUUGUUACAAAGUGUAAUUUGUUAACAAUUUUCAUAAAUAUAGAUGCUUUAAACAGAACUUAGUAUGGCAUUAAGGAAAAUUUCAUUAAAUAUCAGACUAAUAUUUAUUGUGAUAACAUUUUUCUCUAUUUCUCAAUUUAUACAAACUGACACUGAAGUUAAUCAUCAUUUGUUGAAUUAUAUUGGUUUAGUACCAUUGCAUUAUGAUCUUAAAAUAAAACUCGACUUCUCCAGAAAUAUCCUCUACGGCAAAUGCAAUAUUACAAUAAAUAUUACACGUCAAAUGACAAAUAUAAGUAUACCUUCAAUAAAUUUCGGUAUACUUAAAAUUUACUUGACUAUCAAUGAUGAUAAUAGAAUGAUACACGUGCGAAAAUAUUCAUUUAUCAAUGAAACACACAUUUAUAUUGACUUCUCGAAGACGUCAGUAAAUGUUUUAUUUCCUGGAACGUAUAUCUUACAAAUGAUAUAUGUCCGCAACAUAUUUGAUGAAAUUUUGCUCGGAUCUUUAUAUAGAGAAACUAGAGGGUUAAAAACAUUAACAGAAACUGGUGUUGAGGUAAUAAAAGCCCAACAAAUAUUUCCAUGUUGGGAUGAACUAGCGUUCAAGAGCACUUUUACCGUUUCUAUUAUGCUUCAUAAAAAUUUUACAGCCCUAUCGAAUAUGUUGAUAAAUACAGAAGAAUAUAUAGAUAAAAGCAACAUGAUAUGGGUACACUUUUACAAGUCGCCUUUCAUGUCCAUUCAACGUUUAACAAUUGUGAUAACCACAUUUACUAAUAUUUUUCUCCAACCGCAAACUUUGCCUGCUCGUGUCACAAUUUGGUGUAGAAAAAACAUAGCACACAGUAUGGUAUUUGCACAACUCAUCAUUGAAGAGGUAUUCCAUUUUUUGAAUAAAAGAAAUCAGACGAAAAUACCAAAAAUAGAUUACAUUGCAAUUUGGGAUACACAUCAUAGGAACAUUGAGACAUGGGAACUCAUUUUACACAGAGAAGAAGAUAUUACUUACAAUGAAGCAUUAGAUUCCAUUGCACGCAAAAUAGAAGUGGCUAACUUACUAGCACGUCAAGUAAUAUCUAUUUGGUACGAUUAUUUGUCAUGGCCAAUAGAAGGUUUUACAACAUACUUUGCAGCGCAUAUCUUGGGAAAGAUUCCGUCGAUAUCCUACAUACAUGACUUAUUUAUUGUCCAAGUACUACAAGAUUCUCUUCGCUUUGACAUUCCUUCUUAUAAUUAUAAUUCUAUACAACACAGUAAUGACUUAGAUGUUCAAAUAAAUAAAACUUUCCUUAAUUAUAUCAAACCACCCGUUUUAUGGUAUAUAUUACAACAUAUCCUAGAAGAAAACAUGUGGAAUAGUAUCCGCACAUAUACUGAUAACCGCGCAUACACUAGAUAUAAUCAGUCAAGUUCGAUAAACACCAAUGAUUUAUGGCACAUUAUACAAACUUUCGAUAUUUCUCCUUAUUUUUCUUUAUUAAGUUUAAAAGAAUAUAUUGACAUUUGGAUAAAGAAAAAUUAUUAUCCUGUACUGCACGUGACAUUAAACGCAACAAAUGACAGGAUAUCAUUCUCAUAUCUCAGUUCUUCGUAUAUCAACGAAAACAUGGAACAACUUCCCGCAUUAGUAACAUAUACGAUUAUACAAAAAGAAGCUAACAAUACUUUAGACGUAUUUGUUUUGCUAUCAUCGCAACACACAAUACUUACAAAUAUUAAAAAUGUAUUUGAGGUGGUUGAUGAAAAUUAUUGCGUCAUAGUCAAUGUUAACCAAACAGGAUACUAUCGUGUUAAUUAUAAUUCUGAGGGCUGGCUUAGACUUGCGCAGUGCUUGAAAAAAAAUUAUACAGUAUAUGUUCUCAAUCAAGCCCAAGUCAUAGAUGAUGCGUUUCACUUUCUCAUACAUCGCCGACUCAGUUUAACGAUGUUUUGGAAUAUCGUAAGCUUUCUAUCAAAAAAUACGAAUUAUGUAGCAUGGUAUCCUAUGAUUAAAGCUUUUGAAUACAUGGCUUGUGCCUAUUCAUUAAAUGGUGACAUAAUGGAAAAAAUGGAAAAAAUGUUGAAUGGAGUUUUGAAAAUAAUAGGAUACGAUGAAAACCCGAACGAAAGCGACCUUACUAAAUGUUUAAGAGAGGAAGCCGCAAAAUGGGCAUGUAUUAUCAACGCUGCUGAAUGCAGGAAAACAGCCACUUUACAACUCAUAAAAGAUCUUGAAAAUCCUGUACAAGACAAUCAGUUUAUAUGGAAAGAAUGGAAAUAUUGUAAAGGUUUAAUGUCAGCAAACUACACCAUUUGGAACCAUACAUGGGAAAAAUGGACGACAUCAUCUGAUAACAUAAUUUUAGAUUACUUAACUUGUUGUAAAGAUCCUUUAAUUAUUACCUCUUAUUUGAAUCAAACAUUAAGACUAACUGAAGAGUAUAAAUAUCUUAUCGCAGUACAAAACAAUAAUGUUUAUCAAGUUAAUAUAGUUAAUAUAGUUCUUCUUAGUGUCGCAAAGCAUGUAAGAAACUUUCUAGUGUUCGAUUUUAUAUUGGAUGGUUUAGAAAGCAUGCAAUUGAAAUUAAGUAGAAAUUGGAAAGUUGAUAAAAUUGCAAUAUUAAUUGUUAGUAUUACGCAUGUGCAAUCCAUACACCAACUUCAAAGGAUAAAUAUCUUUGCGACAACAUAUCUGAAUGACAAGAGGCUAGUUGAUGCUGUUAAAAAAAAAAUUACUAAACGGAAAUUGGAGAACGCAAGACAAAUCGUAAAUUAUGGAUCUCUUCGUCAACAUGAUGAUUGAACUGACAAAGCAUAUAGCAAUGUAUAUAGUAUAUAGGCACAGUUAUAGCAAUGUUGAAUUAGAAUAAUAAAGAAAAUAAAAAUUA